CGUGAUAACUGAUCAAAUAAGAAAACUUUCGCAGGAUUCUGUCGUCCCUCUGUUGUGAGAGAACGUGAAACGGAUUGACUACUUUUACGGUAUAGGUAACAAAGAAAAACAGUCUUCAGUGUGGCCUAAUUAAAGACAACCAAUCGGACGGUGAAUCUUCGGUUUUAGAGUCCUUAAAUGGUGCAUUUAAAUAUUUGUCUGUGUCGUAAAAUUUAAGUUUCAACACAUUCCAUCUUCAAUGUGUCAAAAAAUUUCAAAAGUGCCUUCUUUAAUUAGUCAAUAAUUGUCCGGAUGGUCGUCUUUAAUGAGGCCAACCUCUCCGGUUUAAGAGCCCUUAAUUUUGGCGUUUCAAUAUUCGGGUCUGCCGACAAAAAAAUGUAGGUAACUUCAGGACCAUCUAUUCUUUUCAUUUUCAAUCCGUCUUCAAUGUUUAACCUUUACAACAACACCUUCCUUCAAUAAUAAUUAAUUUCACCUGAUGAUGGCGAUUAUCGCCGAAACUAUAGUCGUGUUGUAAUAGUACAACAAUAAAUUUAUGGGGAAGGCUUUGAGAUCCGAUUUUCUUAAUCUUUGAUAUCACUCAACCAGAUUUAGAGGAACGAUGGAUAAUGUUCAGAAAUUUUAUACAUAUUAUACACUUUAAAUAAAAGCAAAAUAGGUUCAAAAUUUGGUUUUGCACAUACUAUAGCCAUAGGUACCCAGGAGCUCGUUUUCUAUAUUUGUUUACACGUUUAUUAUUAUUAAUUGUGGUUGUUUGAUUAGGAAAAGGUAAAGGAGAUUUUUAAGUGCAACGGAUAAUGAUAAAAGCAUGGGAAUUGAUAAGAACCUUAUUAAUGUACUAUCAUUACAAACUUGUCUGCCUACUUACAAUAUAAUAACAACUGCGGUAAAAUUGUGAAAUAAGUAUGUUCGUCAAUACCAGAAGGGUGAUCCAGAAAUGCGCCAAAACUAGUGUUGCAUCAUCAUUUACGAGAGCAAUGUAUAGUAAAAAGUCGACAAUUAUUGAAAGCCAAGUAAACCAUUUUAAACAGUUACAAGAACAAUGGUGGGAUGAGAACGGCCCCAUAAAGCCUCUUCACUCUUUAAAUAAACUAAGAGUUCCUUUCGUUUGGGACGGCUUGGUUAACACAGGAGUGGUUCACAAGGACUUGCUUCUUAACGAAAACCCACAACCUCUCGCUAACUUAGAAAUAUUGGAUGCAGGGUGUGGAGGUGGGAUUCUAGCGGAGGCGUUAAUGAGAUCAGGUGGUACGGUAACUGGAAUUGAUCCCGCAAAGGAAUUACUAGAAAUAGCCAAGCAACAUAAUAUAUCACGAAACAUAAACUAUUACUCAGUUACAAUUGAAGAAUUCUCAAAAGAGAACGAAAACAAAUUGGAUGCAGUGAUUACUUCAGAAGUGAUAGAACAUGUUUGUGAAGUGGAAGUUUUCUUGGAGAACUGUAUCCGUUGUUUAAAGCCUGGAGGUUCCCUUUUUGUAACUACUAUCAACCAGACACUACUUGCUUGGUUGCAUAUUAUCGUGCUUGCAGAAAUAUUGUUUAGACAGAUACCAUUAGGAACCCAUCAGUACCGCAACCUUGUUCCACUCCAGCGACUACUAACGAUUCUGGAAAAUAAUAACUGCAGAAUUGGUACAGUUCGAGGAAUGGUGUACAACUAUCUGAAUAAUGAUUGGUAUUGGACCAAAACAACGGCAAUUAAUUACGCUGUGCACGCUAUUAAAAAUUAAUUGUUACCUAAAAAAUAAUUUGGGGGGCCAAU